UCGUUCAUAGUUUAUUUGUCGACUUACAUUAAAAUAGCCAUUCGUUUCGCAUAUCGUAUAAAACUGAAAUGACCAUUGACAAAGUAGAUUUCCUACUAUUUAUAUUUUAAUACUACAAUUUUUAUGCUACGUUAGUUUUGUUUGGAAUGAGUGAAUUAUAAAUUAUUAAAUUAAGUGGUGUUGAAUUUCGUUGAAGAAACAUAGUUGAGCCUGUAAAAAAAUAAUAAAUUGUACCUAUAUCAAACAUCUAAACAAUUGAGCCAAAAUAAUUCAUAUUCGUCUAUUACCGUGGAACUGAUUGUAAACAUCUCUUUCAAAUCGAUAUAGAAAGACAUCGUUUCACAUUUGACAUGCCAUCAUCAUGACGCCCAAUAAUAAAUCUACAUUCAUUUUUCAAAUCGAGUAUUUAUUCAUAGCAGCUGACGAUUGUGAAGUAUAGAUGAAGAUGAUUGAAAUUACUCAUAUUGAAUCUUUAAUCGAAAAAAAUGACAUUCCCGUUAGAGCGAAUUCGAAAGGAGAUAAAGGCAAUAUUUUUGUAUUACUGUUGUUGUAUACCUUACAAGGAGUACCGUUAGGUUUAUCCUUAGCAAUACCCAUUAUUAUCCAAAACAUGCGCCAAUCUUCUUUCAACGAACAAGCUAAAUUUAGUUUGGCAAUAUGGCCAUUCAGUUUGAAGCUUUUGUGGGCACCGUUAGUUGAUUCCUUAUUUAUACGAAAAUUGGGCCGUCGAAAAUCUUGGUUGAUUCCAGUCCAAUAUUUUUUAGGUAUAUUUUUCUUCAUUACUGGUUUUUAUAUAAAUGAAUGGCUAGAUAUUGGUAGUAAAGUAAAUAUUAAUGCUUUAACAUCAAUAUUUUUUAUUUUGAAUUUCCUUGCUGCCACUCAAGACAUUAUUGUAGACGGUUGGGCAUUAACCAUGUUAAAAAGACGAAAUAUUAGCUAUGCUUCAAUGUGUAAUGGUGCCGGACAAGCCUUUGGCAUAUUUUUGGGUUAUAUUUUGCCAAUUUUAUUGUUAUCGGAAUCAUUUUGGAACCAAUGGUGGCGCACUGCACCUGUACCAGGCGGUGUUAUUACUUUACAAGGAUAUUUUUAUUUUUGGGGAAUUAUUUAUAUAGUCAUUACCACACUAGUUGCCAUAUUUAAGUACGAAAAAGAUUAUUUGGCAGAACUCAAUGCUGUUGAUCUUAGCAUUAUCAAAACGUAUAUGUUACUUUUCAGUAUAAUGAAAUUACCUAGUAUCAAGAUGUUCGCUAUAAUUUUAUUGACUAUCAAAAUGAGUUUUUGUUCAGUCGAUGCCGCUUUAAGAUUGAAACUUAUAGACAGUGGAAUUACCAAAGACGAAAUUGCUGCUAUGGAUUUGUUAUUAAUACCUUUAAAUAUAAGCUUACCGUUUUUUAUUACAAGAUUUACAUCGAAAGAAAAACCGUUGAAAAAUUAUUUCAAUACAAUACCCUACCGAUUACUGUUCGGUGUAGUUUUAGCAACUAUCGUUUACUUUACACCUUGUUUUUUGGGUCACACAGGAUCAUUACUUUACACUUACAGAGUAUUUUUAGUGUUGAUGUACACUUUACAACAGUUAGCUGUGAGUUUUAUGACAUUGACGUCAAUGACAUUUUACGCAAGUAUAAGUGAUCCAAAAAUCGGAGGUACAAAUAUGACUCUGUUGACUACUAUAUCUAAUUUAGGAAAUGUGUGGAGCAAAACUGGAGCUUUGUGGCUUAUUGAAUUCCUAACUUUGAAACGAUGUUCUAAUGAUCCUAGAAAAUUGUGUUCAACAUCAAAUAUUUCGAAGGAGAAGGAAACGUGCAGUUUGUCCGGUGGAACCUGUGAAGUUUAUAUCGACGGGUUUUACAUAGAAACUAUCAUAUGUACAAUUUACGGAAUAAUAUGGUUUUUUAUUUUUAGAAAAAUCAUAAAUAAUCUUCAAUCCAAAGAUGUAAAAGAAUGGCACGUGGAAAUGAAAAUGAAAGAAAUAUUAUGAUAUACUAAAUGUACCAAACUA